AUGAAUUGCCUCCCAUGUUUUUCAAGUAGGAAAUCUAAGAAAUGCAGUACAGGAAAUGAAUCUGUUAAUAAUACACAAAAUUUACCUGUGGAAGCCAAGAAUGCCAAUGAUGACCCUGUUACACCAGAAACUGCGAAUAGCGGGGCACGGACAUUUACAUUUCGUGAGCUUGCCAUGGCAACGAAGAAUUUCCGGCAAGAAUGUCUACUAGGUGAAGGUGGAUUUGGAAAAGUAUACAAGGCAACCCUUCAAAGUGGAGAGGUUGUGGCGGUGAAGAGACUGGACAGGAAUGGAACACAAGGGAAUAAAGAGUUUCUUGUUGAAGUUUUGAUGCUGACUCUCCUUAAGCAUCCAAAUCUUGUUAGUCUGAUUGGAUAUUGUGCUGAUGGGGAGCAGAGACUUUUGGUGUAUGAAUAUCUACCGACUGGCUCACUAGAAUCCCAUUUACAUGACUUGACGGAUGAUAAAAAGCCACUAGAUUGGCAAACCAGAAUGAAAAUAGCUCUCGGAGCUGCUCAAGGACUUGAAUAUUUAAAUGAGAAGGCCAACCCACCUAUCAUAUAUCGUGAUUUGAAAUUGUCAAAUGUUCUAUUAGAUGGAGACUAUAAUCCAAAACUCUCGGACUAUGGGCUUGCCAAGCUAGCACAGGGAGAUACUAAGACGCAUAUAUCACCGAGGGUUAUGGGAACUUAUGGUUAUUGUGCUCCUGAAUACGAAAGAUGUGGUGAACUUACAGCGAAGUCAGAUGUUUACAGUUUUGGAGUUGUUCUCCUUGAAUUAAUCACAGGACGUAGAGCUUUGGAUACUACAAGGCCAGCAGAGGAGCAAAAUUUAGUUAGCUGGGCACAACCAAUUUUUAAGGAUCCAAAGAGGUUUCCAGAGAUGGCAGAUCCACGUCUCGAAAUGAAGUUUCCAGAGAGAAGCUUAAACCAAGCAGUUGGGAUAGCAGCAAUGUGUCUCCAAGAUGAACCAGCUGUUCGUCCAUUGAUUGGUGAUGUUGUAGCUGUCCUCAGUUUCCUUGCAGUGGCUCCUCCAGAGGAGCCCGUUCCUGCUAAACUAUCGGCUCCAAACUCACCGUCUGAGGUGAAACAGCCAGAUGAACAUAAAAAUCAGCAUCACAGCAGCAGUGACAGCUCAGAUCAUGACGAUGAAGAAAGUGAGGACGAGAACAAAAGCAUUUCGGAUAAUGAGUCCCGUGGGAGUAAAAGUAGUUCAGAUAGUGAGGGUGGAGGUAAUUCUGCAAGUAAGAGUAAGAAAUUUUCAAAACAGAGUUCGAGUUCAAAGCACAAGAUGAAGAUUAAGGAAAAGACGGAUGGUACAAAAUCUGAAAGACAAGGUUCAAGAUCACACAAGAAAAAAAAGGUAAAGGAUGGUAAGGGAAGUACUAGUUUCAGUUCAAGUAGCAGCGGAAGUUCUCGUCAUAGCUCAAGGAGUAGCAGCGCUGCCGCAGGCCCAAAUGAAAGUAUUCCUGUUAAUUCGACGCUGACAAGCAUUGAAGAAUCUCAAGAUGGCAGUGCUGAAUCCAGUAUAGAGCGUGGCAGAUUUGAAGAAUCAUUCUCAUGGAGUAUUGGUUCAAGUUCAAGAUUCAAUUCCAGAAGUGGGAGUAAUUAUGUAGAUUCAGGAUUUAACAGCAACAACGAUUUAUAUAAUACUAGUCUUGAUUCGAAAAUGAGGACAGAAAGCAGCAUGGGAUGCAAGACUGAAAGUAAUAAUUCUUAUUCAAGACAAAGCAGCCAUUCGGAAUCUGAGGAUGAAAGUUUUAGUCCAUUACACUAUAGCGAUGAUGAGGAUGAAUAUGAAAACAGAUCCUAG